CUCUUUCUCCUUUUCUUUCGUCGUCGGGAAUGGCGCAUCGGCUGCUGAGAGACGCGCAGGCCGACGGAUGGGAGCGCUCCGACUUCCCCAUCAUCUGCGAAUCCUGCCUUGGCGACAACCCCUAUGUUCGAAUGUCAAGGGCAGAUUAUGACAAGGAGUGUAAGAUCUGCACACGACCAUUUACAGUCUUCAGGUGGAGACCGGGACGCGAUGCAAGAUACAAAAAGACAGAGAUCUGCCAGACAUGCUGUAAGCUGAAAAACGUGUGCCAGGUCUGCCUCCUGGAUCUUGAGUAUGGGUUGCCUGUUCAGGUUCGGGACACUGCCUUGUCUAUCAAUUCCAAUGAUGCAAUCCCGAAGAGCGACGUGAAUAGGGAGUACUUUGCAGAAGAGCAUGACCGCAGGGCUAGAGCUGGCAUUGAUUAUGAGUCUUCAUAUGGAAAGGCGCGUCCAAAUGACACCAUUUUAAAGCUUCAAAGGACAACACCAUAUUACAAAAGGAAUCGGGCACAUGUUUGUAGCUUUUAUGCGCGUGGUGAAUGCACACGCGGUGCUGAAUGUCCAUAUCGGCAUGAGAUGCCUGUUACUGGGGAGUUAUCCCAGCAGAACAUAAAAGAUCGGUAUUAUGGGGUGAAUGACCCAGUCGCUCUGAAGCUGUUAAGCAAGGCAGGUGAGAUGCCAUCUCUGACGCCCCCAGAAGAUGAGGGCAUAAGGACACUGUACGUUGGGGGCCUUGAUGCCCGAGUCACCGAGCAGGAUCUGAGGGAUCACUUCUAUGCCCAUGGCGAGAUUGAAUCAAUCAGGAUGGUGCUCCAACGAGCAUGUGCCUUUGUGACAUACACAACAAGAGAAGGAGCAGAAAAGGCUGCAGAGGACCUAGCCAACAAACUCGUCAUUAAAGGGAUGCGUCUGAAGCUGAUGUGGGGAAAGCCUCAGGCCUCCAAACCAGAGGGGGAGGUACCAGACGAUGAGGCUGCAAGGCAAGGGCUCGUGGCACACGGAGGGAUGCUUCCAAGAGCUGUUAUAUCCCAGCAGCAAAGCAACCAGCAGCCUCAACCACCAGGCACACAGGACCAGCAGCAGCCACCACUGCACUACUUUAACAUUCCAGCGCCGCCCCCAGCGGAGCGAACCUUCUACCCCUCAAUGGAUCCUCAGAGAAUGGGUGCUCUAGUACCGUCUCAGGAAGCCAGCGACAGCAAGGGGGGAUCAGACAAGCAGCCACUGCUGCGGGCACCAAAUAGCUCAGGGCAAGCCUACCCUGUUAUGCCGCCCCAUCUUCAGGGCCAGUACCCACAGUUUUAUGCACCAUAUGGGUACAUGGCCCCAGCACCGCCACCUUAUCAGCAGCAGUAUCCUCCUUACCAGUCAAUGAUGGCUCCGCCCCCGCCUCCACCUGCGCCUCCUGCAGUGCAGCAGUACCCUUCAGGUGCGCCUGGGUCGUCUUCUCAGAGCUGAGAUCGUUUUUGGCAAAAUUUCUUCUUUUCCUUGUAUUCAUGUGCUCUUUGCUACCCCAUAGAACCAGGCUUGCUGCAUUAUUCAGUUAAUAUAUGGAUGAUGAAAUCUAAAUUCUGGCCGAUUCUCUAUGAGAUGAUCGAACUUGGAUGGUUUACAAUC